ACUCCUCCAGCCCAAGGCGAUGUGAGGAAGAGAAGGAAGGGGGAGCGGUGUUCCGUAGCAAACGGAGGAAUAGGAGGAGGGCAUCCCACAUGGGAUUCCCCUGCAAGCUGUUAACGCUCCCACGCGCGCCUUUUAGCAGGAAUCUGAGAAAGAGUAAAGGGUCCAUAAGCUUCCAGGGUUGAUCUUAUACUCUCUUUAGGCUGAUCAGGUCCAGUACAGGUUUGAAGGAACUAACAAACUUCAACAACAAAUUAUAGCUUGUUAAUCAAAUUUAUAUGGCUGAAAGGGAGAUUGCAGUUACAAAAGAAGCUCUUCAUCAAUAUAUCAUUAUAAGAAAACUUCAUAUGGAGCUAGACGAGGAAAGAGAAGCUUCUGCAACUGCAGCAAGUGAAGCUUUAUCCAUGAUUCUGAAGCUUCAGAGAGAAAAGGCAGUGGAGAAGAUGGAAGCACGCCAAUACAAGAGAAUGGCAGAGGAAAAAUUGCAUUAUGCAGAACAAUGCUUGAUUAUUCUUGAGGAAGAAAUGCAACGGAAGGGAAUUGAGAAUUCAAUCCUUAAGCACCAACUUCAGUUGUAUAAGAGCAGGUUAUUGAGUAUUGGCAUCAGCGAUUUUGAACUUGGAGAUGUUGUAACAUGUGCAGAUAUGUCAUGCGGAGAUGGUGCUUUUCUGGAGAAGACUAACCUUCAUGGCCGUAUGAGAAGGAACUUCUCUUUGCCUUCGUUAAAGUUGGGUAGAUUGUAUAGUGAGAUCGAUAGAAUUGAUAAUAAUCCCUUACUGCCUUCAUGGCAUUCAACCUGGAAAAUUUUUGGUGACUGUACAGACCAUCUCAGUGACAAGAAUAAGAAAUUUUCACAUUUGUUUCAGGAAUCGGCAACUGAUGAUCAUAAUUCUGAAGAAGCAAAUAGAAGAGGAAACCAUGAUUCAAGUCCAGGAAGAAUGGGGCAACAAACAACUAGUGACAGCUCACGCAGUUCGGGAGAAGAUUCUUCGUCUUGUUCAUGGUAUUCAGCUGUGACCGGCGAUGCUUCUUGUCAUUCAAAACCUGGGACUAAGAUCCAUCUGGAUGCUGAAUGUGUUGUAAAUUCACCUUUUCAAGCUGAAGAACAAGUGAAUACCACAGAGUCUGCUGAGCUUAGCGUUUCAUAUAAUCAAACUGAAUCAGGGAAAAAUUUGGCGUGUGUCCAUGACAUAUUUGAAGUUCCAGAAAGUGAUAAAUAUCAUGUUAGUAGUGAGCCUGUGGAGCAUUUCUUGGAAGAGUCUAUAAAAGAAACUAUGACUUAUGGUGUCUGUGAAGACUUCAUGCCACAAGAAACAGUAGAAUUUCUUUACAGAGAUAAUUACUGGUUAGACAGGGAAUUCACAUGUUCACACCAUGGUAGCCAAAUUUCUUCACCAACAUGCGAAUCCAAUAAGAUGUUGACACCCAGGAAAGGAGAAAUGAUGAAUUAUAAUUCGGUUCUUGUGGAUUCUGUAAAUAGAACCUGUAUCAUGAGGAAUGAUUUUGAACAUAUAAAAUGCCAGCUUCAGCAGAUUGAAAAUGAAAAGAUCAUGAAAAUGGAAGAUUCUGAAAGGAAUAGUGAACAGUUGAAGUUGUUGAGGGACAUUUAUGAGAAGCUGAACUCAAUAGAAAGUCACUUGAAAAGUUCCAAGUCCAAGAAGUGUCCUCAGCAUGAUGAGUCUCAGUUAGUCUCUGUUAUUGAGGCAUUCCUAUCAUUUUCAAUUUAGUUAUGUCAAGCUGGUGGGCAUUCUGGCGAUAUUCUUCUAAUCAGAGAUUAGUUCAUACAUGUUGCAGCAAUCCAGAUUACAUGGUUUUAGAGAGUGCUGCUGCUUAUAUUCCCUCCAUCGCCUAAAGGAACACAAUAAAGGGUGGUUCAUAUCUUUCUUUCUCUUUCUUGUUUAUUACUACAAUACUUUAGAUUUUGGACUAAAGAUUAUAAUGGAAGUAUACAUUUUACGUCCAACAUUAAUGUCAUAAUAAGUUUAUAAUUGUUGCCAUGUUUAUACGUCCAU